AUGGAGUUUGAGAAGGCGUGGGAGGACAGGAACCCGCGGAAAGCCUAUGCCCUACUAAAACAGUAUAGCGGCAAAGUGAAAAGAUGUUCCCCUGUCCUCAACACUGUCAAUGGGGUAGCUGUCGGUGAAGCAACCCUUCCAAUUUGGAAGGAACACUUCAAGACCUUGCUGAACCGGCUAGCACCGUCAGCUCUUGUACUCGAACACGUUCAUAGACCGACAUAUGCGGUUAACGAGGAGCCACCGACCGUGUCGGAGGUCCUGGUCUGUAUUCAAAAAAUGAAGAAUGGAAAAUCUGGUGGAGACGACGGGAUUAGCGCAGAAAUGCUAAAAUAUCUUCCUCCGUCUGGGAUUUGUACUGGAGUGCAUUACCUGGACCGACUCAUUAAACAUCGCGAAGAAGCAACGCGCGACGAGCAAGCUGGCUUUCGUCCUGGCCGAUCUACGAUUGACCAGGUGUUCAUCGUCAGGAGAGUGAUCGAAAUCUGGCAGCGGUAUUCGAAGCCAAUGCAACUAGCGUUUCUGGACUUUGAAGACGCGUUUGACUCUCCUCACCGAGGCCGUCUUCUCAACGCGCUCCGCGCCGUUGGAGUACCACGAAAGUUGGUUCGCUUGCUUGAUGACAUGAAUCAACGAACAACUGCUGCAGUUCGAACACCAGCCGGAUGUACAACACCGUUUGUAGUGGUAACUGGAGUAGGACAAUGGGCAGUGGCAGGACCCUUCCUGUUCAAUUUCGCCACUGACGACAUUAUGCGAAGAACAGUCGACCUGUGUCCUGCCGACAUUGUCUUAGCACCAUCAGGGUGCCCCUUGACUGACCUCGAGUACGCCGACGAUGUUGUUAUAUUCGCGGAAAGCAGUACAAAACUUCAACAUGUUGUCAACCUUAUCUCUUCAAGAUCUCGAACGGAAAUCAGGGUGGACGGACAACCGAUAGAACUCGUCGAUGAGUUCUGUUACCUGGGCUGUACGCUGAAGAACAACGGCAGCUGCGAGAGAGAUGUUCAGCAAAGAUGCGCUGAGGCCACUUCUGCAUUUAACUCCUUAACAAAAUGCCUGUGGUCGGCCCCCAUCACCAACGAAGUGAAGCUGCAAGUCUAUCUAUCCGCAACUCGCCCCAUCAUGAUGUACGGAUCGGAGACUUGGGCAGCACCAUCAACGGUUAUGGAGAGGCUUGAUUGCACGGAACGAAAGCUGCUUAGACGGCUAUUUGGCUAUUUUUGGCCAAGGGUAUGCCACAAUGAAGAUCUUUACGCAGAAAUUGAUGUGGUAUACCGGCGGAUGACACGUGGAAUAUACCAACAUCUUGCACCGCCAUCGAAAGUGGCUAAAGUAAAUCGUCUUCGCUUCUUUGGUCAUAUACUAAGGAGACCGGCAGAUCGCUUUGUUCAACGAGUUCUGAGAAGUUUGCCGGUUCGAGCUGGAACAAGCCACCUGGCCGAAAACGGACUAAGAAUAUGGAAUAGCGACGAAUGGAUUGAUUCUUCCGCAGAAGAUCGAGAAUGUUGGGCACAGCUGUGUUCAACGACGGCACACCUCGGCGAAGAUGCGGGACAACAUUACGUAUGUCAUUGCGACACUGACUUCUGCAACAUGAAUUUUACGGCAUUCCAAGAACUUUGGAAGUUAUCUUCUGACUACACCGAAGACAGUGAAUUCACCAAAUGUAUUAUGAACGUUUCAUCAGAAAAAUUCGUCACUGAGCAACCUACCACUACCACCACCGAAUCUACCGUAACUACCACUACAGAAAGAACUACUACAGAAAGAACUACUACAGAAAGAACUACUACAGAAGCAGAACCCACAUUAACAUCUUCUGUCCAGUCAAGCACAACCACACUUAGCACAACAACUGAAAAUACAGAACCAGGAUCUGUGGAAGACGAACGGAAGGCCGAUAUCGGAAACGAAGAAGAUUCAGACAUCGACUUCCUUAUCUUCCUGAUUCUUGCCGUUGUUGCCGUCAUUCUACUGAUAGCCAUAAUUCCGGCUUUGAUCAUAUGUCUCGUAAUUAGAUCAAAACGACGUCGGAGCGGAGGUGUCAGAAAAUCAGGUGGUAAACGUGCGAAAACCCCCAUGAGUGGCAGAACCUCGAAAACGUCGAGCGUCAAGAGCGUUGACACUCGUUCGGGCAUGAAAAGCCACGGAAAAACCAGCAAAUCGAAAUCGGUGGAUAGAGAUGCGAAGAGAAGCAAAAGUAAGACGAAGUCAAAGAGCAGCCAAGGUGGACCACCCAGCAAGUCGAGAAAUUAG